GUGAUCGAAGCCUAACUCGGUGAGAAUAAGCCAAGACAAUCCAAGUGUCUCAGUCUCCCAGUCUAAAUCUCUUGGCUCCAAGUCAAACUCUACUCCUCACAGAACCAGAACAAAUGUCGACGUCCUCGCUCGCUCGCGGUGCACUGAUCGUGUUUGAGGGCUGCGAUCGCAGUGGCAAGUCGACGCAGUGCCUGAUGCUGGUCGAGCGGCUCAAGGCGCUGGGCAAGCGCGUCCAGCACUUGCGAUUCCCAGACCGCUCGACGCCGACCGGCCAGAAGAUCAAUGCCUACCUCGCAAACGCAAGUGAGAUGCAGGACGACAAGAUCCACCAACUCUUCUCCGAGAACCGCUGGGAGGCCGUUCCGUCCAUGCUUGAGGCGCUCAAAAACGGAACGACGCUGGUUGUCGAUCGCUACGCCUUCUCUGGCGUCGCCUUCUCGUCUGCAAAGGGCCUUGAUCUCGAGUGGUGCAAGAAACCCGACGCCGGACUCCCUGCUCCAGACGCUGUCAUCUACCUCGACAUUCCGAUUGAAGCCGCGAUGAAGCGAGGCGAUUUUGGCAACGAGCGCUACGAAACGCGCGCCUUCCAAGAAAAGGUGGCUGCGCAAUACAAAAAGCUCCAGACCCCGUCCUGGAUGAUGAUGGACGCACGCCUCCCAAUAGACCAGCUUCAAGCGGAUAUUUUCAACAUUGCAUCCAAAGUGAUUGCGGAUGCCCAGAAUGCCCCAGUCGGCAAGCUGUGGUGAUGUCCAGAUUUGCUGCAACAACAAAUAUUCACAGAUGACGGAUGCAUCGCGCAAAAGAGUGGUCUAGGAGUUGUUUCAGUACCAUGAGAGGGAGUGUGUUACGAUUGAAUAAAUAGUCUUGACGCCAGUUG